GUCGGAAUGUGGAGACAGCUCGUGGUGCAGACGUUCAGCCUCAAAAGUUUUGCUAUAAAGUGUUCGUCAGCCGCCUGACUCCAUUUUUCUCUUUCCCUUCAUCGUCUCAGUCUCUUCGGUUAUUGCUUCUCUCUAGAGAAGGUCAAUCUGAACCACAAAUCUUCAGGUUUUAGAUCUGUGCUUGUUGAGAAAAAAAGAGACGAAAGAUGAACAGUUACGCAUAUCAACGGAACACCUUGAUGGAGAGUUGCUUUGCGGAUGGAGUUGUUUGUCCCAAGCCUCGUAGAAUUGGUGUACCGAUGCAAUUUUACGAGCCUUUGAGACCUCCCUCGCGAUUGCUCCACAUCAAUAAUCAACAAACUGAGGCGUAUGACGCGAGAGCGGCGACAGAGCUUCUGGAUAUUAUUCAAACGAAGGGGAAUCCAAGCUCUGAGUGGCCCAGUUUCCUCCAUGCAUCGUCCCCGCCGUUCUUCGCCGGAUCGCCUCCAACCCGGGCCUCGAAUCCAAUCAUCCAAGACAAGAACUUUGGUAACAAUACUAACAGCCCUUCUUUAUCUGCCACUUCUCACAGGAGUGGUUCAUGCACUCAGGUCAAUUUCGGGUCCAAUCCCGCCCCGGUGAGGAUCGAAGGAUUCGACUGUCCCCGGACUUGUAGCAUUUCUGCAGUAGCCUAGACCACACUUGAGCUCGCGACGCCUCGAUUUCCAAGAGGUACGUCGCUGUAACAUUUUCGAAGAAACACUAGAUCCUUAGAACAGAAACACACACAACACAACACACAUGUAUAUAUAUAUCAAGUUCUAAACGCAUAUGUCAAAUAUUUUGUGUCUAUA